GGAGACUUUGCGGAAACGAUACGGUAAUGAAUGGGGCACGAAUCCAAAGACUAAAGAUGUGGAUUUAACACUGGUGUUGAGGAAUUUCGACAGGUUCAAAAACGAGCACGUUGUACUACCUCCAGUACGACAACGAGAGGCCGCUGCACUAGAAGACAAGCCUCGUCCAACAGCGCAACAACUAGCAGAAGUAAAGCGGUCCAUGUUGAUGGACGUCUUCUACGCCAAGCUGACAGACGCGAUUUAUCCCAUGCACUUCAAAAAGGAGCUACAAGAGCGAGUCAACCUGAAGCGGUUUACGAAUGCGGCGUUGAAAAUGACCGAGGUGUUGUGCAAGGAAGACUUGUGCCGAUGCAGUGGCAGUAGAAGGAGUGGUUCUACGGGUGGUGCCCGAGAAGGUGUUGCUACAGGUGGAGCAUCAUCCUCAUCUUCAUCGUCUUCUUCCUCUAGUACAACUUUUACACAUUUUGCCAACGCGGAAUUGCCCGGAUCUUUUCUUUGCGCAGUAAACUGUCAUCUACGGUUGCACUGGAGUGUUGCUGGUGAGAGGAAGCGGCGGUAUGCACUGGAUAAUGGAAAGGAGGAGGUUUCUGUUAUGGACAAGGUUGAAGUCUAAGUUGUAACUAGUAGUGCGUAGACUUGCUUCUAAUUCUAAACGACUUGAAGUGCUAGCAAAUGACGUAAGGUCCUGUUAGUUGAUCGAAAAGUGAAAAUAAGCGAGUUGUAACAAAUUAUACAACAACUGAGUAUCUGAGAUUGUUAUCUAGAAGAUUACUCGCUUAUUUCAGGUUUUCGAGUGAGUAGUAAGUAGGCAUAGUUUCACCUUCAUCAUGUUCCUCUAACGUUUCCUACAAUCCUGUUAGUUAAGUAAGUAUGCUCACCUUCUUCUUCCUCUAACCUUUCCUACAAGCACUGUUCUCACCUUCCUGUUCCUCUAACCUUUUUUACGAGCACUAUUCCUGGUACGGCAACAGCUUGCUUCCCGGUGACAUGGGACCGAAUUCGCCAGGAUUGCCAGACUACUUCCUUUUCCACGAGCAGUAUCCUGAGCGGUGGUUGAUGCGUGAACCCUUUGAGGAUCAGGUGAACCGCUUACUGCACACCAUCCCUAGAGCUGCUCAGAACAGUGGAACCAGCGUGGGGAGUGUGUGCAACGUGAUCGACGAGCGGGAAGCGUAUCCUUUGUUAGCAGCAGGCUUGGAGAAAUGGACAGUAGUUUUGUUUGGGAACAAGGAGGUAGAAGAGCAGCAAGAAAGAACUUCUUCCUCUUCAACAUGGACGUUGAAGGUGCACAUGAAAAUAGACUCCUCUGAAUCUUCUUCGGAGGUGGUUGCGGCGGACCUGCGAUCCCGUGUCGCGCGAGAGGUG